AUGCGGUGGACUACUAUAUUUGGCGUUCUUAUAUUAAGUAUAGCGAGUACAAACGCGGAUUGGUCGUGGAAUGAUGACAAAUCUAAUGCUAACGAAGAGGCCAAGACUAAAACAACGGAGCUCUUGCAAGGAGAAGAGAUAAGCAAAGCUGAAGAUAAAAAUGCCAAUUCUGACGGGAACGUGCUUGAUGAUAUUGUUGACGAACUUGUUAGUAGCAAGCAAGGUAGAAGUUUGAGCGGUUUCGACGAUGUUUACAGCGAUCCCACGAUAAAGGAAGCAUUGGACGCAGGUGACGAUACUGAAGCAAGGAACUUAAUCAAAGGAAGACUUUGUACACUCGGUCUGAUACAAUGCGAAGAUGAAGACACCCAAGAAAAGCGAACUUAUGUAUCUCCAGAUGAACUUAUAUAUGCCCAACCAGUCGAUAUAAAGCCAAUUGGAAAACCUGUAGCAUCAAUCCCAAUUCGCGGUCCACCAAGAGCUUACGGUCCUCCUAAGCCAAUGCCGUACCCACCACGACUGCAGAAAAUUCCACCCCGCAGACCGGGCUACGGAGGAAGCCGACCCGGAUUCUCUGAAAAAUAUGGCACUGCUAGUAAUGCAUUCCAAUACUCUCAAAGCAGUGGCGGAUAUGGAAACGAUUUCAACUUUGUCACAAAACCGCCUAGUUUUGGCAACGAAAGUCCCUACUCAUACGAAAGUCCUAAACCAGUUUACAACAAAAUACCGUCUCAGCAAUCAAACACAAAAACUGAAUCAAUUGUUCAGCAACACGUUCACCAUCACUACGUCCACAGUGAUGCCGAAAAAGACCCAAAAGUAAUCAUAAAACCAGUGGCCAUUCCAGUAGGAUCAGUUGGACAUCUUGGCUCAAUCCACAACCAAGAAUCUUCGGGUAUUAUUACAGCAUCCGGUUCCGAUUUCAACUCCUUCAACUCUGGUGGAUUCAAACCUAUGACAGGAGCUUUUCAACAAACAAAACCGGUGUAUGAAAGUGAAACCAUUUACGGUUCUCAAUAUGGACACAAUGGCGUAUACAACAGAGAGAACGCAAACAUUCAAACACAGGGACUUCCUAACCAAUAUGCAAAUAAUGAAUUUGAUGACCAGAAAUAUGGAAACUCUUUAGGAUCUUAUGCUUCACAAAAUUCCGAAUUUUACAAAAAGGAAUUACACGUCGGGUCAAACAGCCAAGGAUUAGGAUUGGGACAGAAUAACUUAUAUCAAGAGAACUACCACGGCAAAGCUCAGGGUUUCGAGUGCGUUUGUGUAAAUUAUGAUCAAUGCCCAAGUCAAGAGGUAAUCGGUCGCCGAGACGACCUUUAUCUUCCAAUUGACCCUCGUAAUAAAGGCAGUGAAAUCCUAGCUCUAACUGAAGAACAAGAAGAAAUUAUAGCAAAUGCAACUGGACUUGAUGCUUCAAAGGCUGCAUCUAAUUCCACUGAAGUCAAAAGCAUAACCAAAAGGGAAGCCAAAUCAGAGAAAGCUGAGGAACCGGCAAAAGAAAUUGAACCGCGCUUCCUCGGACACGCUGGUUAUGGCGGCAAUGGUGGUAAUAACAACAAACAAGUGCAGCCGACGUUCGGUGUCUCGUUUGGUUUGCCCCAGCCUUCCCACGGUUAUCCUAUCAAUCCUUAUAAUUCAAACCCUUUACAAAAUCCAUACGGACCAGCAUUAAACACAGGUGGAAUUAAUUUAGGAUUACUCUCAGUAAAUCCGCUAUUAGCCGUGCAAGUGACAAAAAAUGAUUAUGGAGAAAAAAUCGUAAAACCAUUUGUUAAUUUACACGUCACCCCCAACGAGCACGUUGUGAAUAAACUUGGUCACCUAUUUCACGAGAAGAAACUAUAUCUUCUCAACAAACAUGAACAUUACCAUCACUAUAAUCCCCAUAAUAAUUACAAUCAUAUUCCGUAUCCGCACCAACCCCAUCACUAUCCUCCACAUUAUGAUUCACAUUAUGCUCAACCUCCUAUAUAUUCGCCCCAUUUUUCGCAAUAUCCUAGUCACUAUCGUGUGAGCCCGUACAAUGCACCUAGUGUCCCUUCAGGAGAUGACGAUUAUUACGAUGAUGACGGUAUCAGUCACGAUGACAACGACUUGGUAUAUAAUCAUGGUAAUUACGGUUAUGAAAGGUCCGCUAACAAUACUCAAUUUAUAAAUAGCGAUAAUAAUAACUACGCCAAUCGUUACGCAUAUUCCCGCUCCCUUAAAAUUCCAUCCAACCCCGAAGGGGCAAGCCGGGGAGUGAAAACAAUCCGGUUUCCUGAAAGUCGCAAGAAGAGAGAUAUAAAUAAAGAAAACAAAUCCGAACCUAUCAAAGAGCGUCAAGGAUACUUUGGUCACAAUCAAAUUCAACAAUGUGGUCAGAACCAAGUUUGCUGUCGGCGACCUCUGCGACCUCAAGCAUCCAACCGUGGCCAAUGUGGAAUUCGUCACUCGCAGGGAAUUAACGGCAGGAUUAAGACACCUGCAUACGUAGAUGGAGACAGUGAAUUCGGUGAAUACCCCUGGCAGGCAGCCAUUCUUAAGAAGGACCCCAAAGAAUCAGUAUAUGUUUGUGGAGGUACACUUAUCGAUGGGCUCCACAUUGUAACUGCCGCUCACUGUAUUAAAUCAUACAAAGGAUUUGAUCUUCGUGUAAGGUUAGGAGAAUGGGAUGUGAACCACGACGUGGAAUUUUACCCUUACAUUGAACGAGAUGUUAUCUCUGUUCAUGUACACCCCCUGUACUACGCGGGUACUUUGGACAACGACUUGGCUAUCUUGAAAUUAGAUCAUCCCGUGGAAUGGACGAAAUAUCCGCAUAUCAGCCCAGCCUGCUUGCCAGAUAAAUACACCGACUUCUCAGGUCAACGCUGCUGGACAACCGGUUGGGGUAAAGAUGCCUUCGGGACGAAUGGAAAAUACCAAAAUAUUCUCAAAGAAGUCGAUGUUCCGAUUCUUCCUCAUGGACUUUGUCAACAACAAUUAAGACAAACUAGAUUAGGGUACAACUACGAGUUGAAUCCUGGAUUUGUUUGUGCUGGAGGAGAAGAAGGAAAGGACGCCUGCAAGGGAGACGGUGGUGGCCCUCUAGUCUGUGAACGCGGAGGCACCUGGCAGUUAGUCGGUGUGGUGUCGUGGGGUAUUGGUUGCGGCCAACCCGGCGUUCCGGGUGUCUAUGUAAAAGUUGCUCAUUACUUAGACUGGAUCUCACAAAUAACUGGAAAAUUUUCACAAUACUGA